GUUUCUAAGUUUGUUGAAGGUUUGGUUUGAUGUCAGAACACAUAAGUUUCAUAUCUCUCUGUCUCUCUCUCCUUCUCUAACUCGAAUCACAAAGACGCCACAUGCAAAAUCAUGGACGUUGCAGAUCCGCCAUUAAUGCUCUGCAUCUCAUAAAACACAAUGUCUCAAUCAUUUUCUUUUUUUCUAAAACAAAGAAGACUUCAAGAAAUUAAAAUAAGAAGGUGAGUAGCUCUAACGUGUAGAGAAAGCGUAUUCACAAUUUCAGAGCCGCGUAUACAAAUUUUCAAGAUUCAUCCUAGAAACUCUUUUUGAUUAUUUUAAAUAUUUUCUUUGGAGAACGUGAAACAAAGAUGAUUAGUUUUUUAUUAGAUUAAUCAUCUUCAAUGCAGAAGAUGAUAUAAAUGGCUUUAUGUUAAGACCAUUCUUUGAGUAUUUUUAGUCAUAAGCUCUUUGUUCUUGAUCUGUGUAAAGUAAGCUUUUAUCCUCCUACACUUUUUUGUUUCUUCUUCUUUCUGUAAUAUACAGUUAUAUUAUUAGUUUCAUAUAAAUAAAGUGCGGCUAAAUGCUGAAAAUCUUUGGAUUUCUUGAAAAUUGUGGCAAGAUGGGAUGUUAAAGCUUCACGUGUCUUGUUUUGUCCCAACUGUUUCGAUAAACUCAAGCAAAUCUUCAAUACCAGACAGUCAAGUCUUUUAACAUUUUAUUAGUUACAUCGUUGACAAUCUUGAAUCAUCUUGUAGGGGUUUCUAAGUUUCUCUACACCCCCUCAAAGUCAUGGCCUCGUCGUCUGCGGCUCUUAGCAAGAAGCAGUUUAAGAAGUCUAUGACCAAGAAAUCACACUCAUGGUGGUGGGACAGUCACAAUUGUCCCAAGAACUCAAAGUGGCUUGCUCAGAAUCUGGAGAAGAUGGAUGACCGUGUGAAACACAUGUUAAAGUUGAUUGAAGAAGACGCAGAUUCUUUUGCCAAGAAAGCUCAAAUGUAUUACCAGAAGCGUCCCGAGUUAAUCCACCUUGUGGAGGAGUUUUACCGCAUGUAUCGCGCUUUGGCUGAGCGUUAUGAUCAAGCUAGUGGUGAACUUCAGAAAAUUCAUCUCUCUGGGAUACAGCCACAGGGCUCUCUUGAGAAAUCAUCUCCUGCUUCCCAAGAGAAAUCGAGUCACCCUCAUAAGGAAGAGGAAGACUCAUCAUCUCUGUCUGAUUCUGAUUCUAACUCUAAGUCGGUUCCUGAUCAUUCCUCUGUUAAUGAUGAAGAUGGUGACGAGGCAUUGAUCCGUAGGAUGGCUGAUCUAGAAAUUGAGCUUCAAGAAACUAAAGAGAAACUGAUCCAUCUACAGCAGGAAUGUGUUAAUGGUGACAACAACACUCUCCUUCAGAAAAUUACCGUAUAUGAAGGAGAGCUUAAAGAAGCUAAUAUAAAGAUUCGAAUGCACGAAGAAGAGAUCGCUAAUCUGAAGACUGAGCUUAAGAGCUGCAUUUCCUCUGAAGCAGAAACUCAACUAAUUGGUGUUGAACAAGAGAGUCUUGAUUUGGUUAAAGAGGAAACUAAAGAUGCAGCGGCCACUCUUUUCUGCUCAACCACGUCUGGUGUCAAUACGGUGGGUUGUUGCCAAAUUGACUUCAUUGACAAUGAAAUUCAUCAUGGAUGUGUAUGCGCCAAAUGCUUGAGCUUGAACUGUGCUUCCCGUUUAUUUUAACGUCCACUGCUGCUUCUU